CUUCCCCCCCUCAAAGUCUGCACCCUUCUCGCCAACUCUUUACGCCCUGAGCGAUUUGAUUGGCUCAUGGCCUUCUCCCCCGAUGGUGAAAACAUGCCCCUGCCCCCGCCCUUGGAAGUUAGAAAAUCCAAUGAAGAAACCCUGAAGAAAUCUACUUCCGGGUCAACGUCAUCAUCUGGGUCAACGUCAGGGUCGGGUUCAAAAGUGAUGACCAAGGAACUGCGUAACCGUAGCAAACACAGCUCCCCGGCCUACCAGCUAAUAACUGAACCAGAUCCUGACCCCACAGUCAUAACCCCUGACCCUGACUUCCUCUACAACCUCAAGUGGAGGAGGGAAAAGACGGACAGCGACGGGAUCCAAUGGGAGUACACCUCCCAGGCCCAGGCCGCCUUCCUGCAACCACCUCCCCUCACGUCAUUGGCUGCUUUUAGGGAAAUGUUCCAGAAAGCAGAGGAUGCGAUUGGACAGCCCGAGCUGUGUCCCUCGCAGCAGAUUGGGUUCUCAGCCAGUGAAGGGAACCUGUGGAGGAUGGAUGGACAGAGAAAAGAGGAGGGAGAAAAGAGGAAAGAAGAGGUAGAGGAAGAAGAGGUGGAGGUGAGAGGAACAGCUGAUGGAGGAAGAACCUGGGAGUCAAGAACUACAGCGGUUCGUAGCGUCUCAUUCGCUGGCUCUGUACAGAGGGGCGGGACUUCCUUGAUGGGCGAUGACGUGAAGGCCCCUCUGAGAGGGAUGUCCUCUCUGUGCCUGCUGGAAAAAAGAGCUCUGGUCAGUGCAGUCAGUGUGGCAGUAGAGGCCAUUUUGGCUCAGUUCAGCUCCUCACGGACCCUGGUACAGAAGGCUCUAUCAGGAGACAGCAGUGUGAAUCCGUCUCUGGGUCGGCUGGUGCUGCAGUGUUUGUGCCCCGCCCUGCGGAGCCUGCUCUCCGAUGGCCUCAAGCCCCACCAGAGUGAUUUGAUCUCGGGCAGGAGGCCAAACUCAGCCUGGGGACUGGUCCAGGCCUCCACCAGGCCAGGUAGGAACUCUGGAGCGCAGUACAGAGGGCCCAGCACUCAGUCCCUGCACAGCCUACAGGCUAGAAUAGGAGAGCUGCCCCAGCUCAGGCAGAACAAACACAGGUUCAACGCCUUCCUCCUCGGCCUCCUCAACAUCAAGCUUCUGGAUUUCUGGCUGUCCCAUCUCCAGUCAUGCAGUGAUGUGUUGGUGACGUUCUACAGGCCCUCCUCCUUCAUGCGCUUGUCGUUGACUUCCUGCCAGCCUCUGUUUGAGGAGCUCCUCCUCCUGCUGCAGCCCCUCAGUCUCCUGACCCUUAACCUCGACCUGCUCUUCCAGCACCACCACCUGGAGCCUGCCAAUCACAGCCCAGAGAUCCUCAGCCCACCUAAUCAGGACCUGGGAUUCAGGCUCUCGCCCCGGGGGUCCGCUUCCCAAGGCAGGGGCAGCAGUUAUCUCGAGAGUCUAUCAGAGCUGGACUUUGGGAGCGUGGAACCCGAGGUGACCAAUCGUAAUGCAAGCUCGUCGUCCCUGGCCAACUCGGGGGUGGGAGGGUUGGUGGAGUCACUGAAGCCAGCGAGUCUCAGCGUGGGGCCUGCGAAGGUCUCUGGGGGUCUUGCGGAGACGAGUCCUCAGCUGAUGUGGGUUCAGGAGAAAGAAAUUAGGGAGCUAGCACCUCCUAAUGUUGAGGAGGCCAGUCUCUCCCAACAGGCAGGACAGGUGAUCCAGCAGGGAUGGGGGGCUGUGGUACGCUGGGGGGGCAAGCUGGGCCAGAACCUGGCUGAACUCAGCCUGUCUGCAGUACAGAACCAGAACGGGACAUCCAGAGACCCCCCAGAGCCCCAGGCCAGUACCCAGGCCAGGAGUGACCCUCCUCAGGUCGAUGGAGCAUUGGCGGUCCCCUGGGGUUUGGGACGGCUGUUUGGAGCCUCCAAUAACCCCACGAAACCCACACUUUCAACCAGACGUCCGUCUCAGUGGUUGUCUCCAGGGGAGUCUGUUCUGACCCGGAUGGUGAGCAGCAGUUCCAGCGCUAACCAGAGGAGGGCGCUGGAGCCCCAGCAGGUAGAAGAGGUGGUAGAGAGAGAGAAGGAAGAGACAUGGGACAACCCAAGACCCCUCAGGUCAGUCAGAACACUAUGCGACCACUCUGGCACAGGGGCGGAGCUAAGCUUCCAGAAAGGGGAGGAGUUAUUGGUUUUAGGGGGUGUCGAUCACGACUGGAUUCGCUGUCGUCAGGGAGACCGAGAGGGGCUCGUGCCCAUUGGCUACGCCUCCCUGAUCAUGUGAUUUCAGACGCCUGAUCAGAGUUUUGAUUGUUAUAAUAUAUCUGGGGGAGGGAAAAUGAAGUCAUAAAGCUAUAAUGUAUUUAGGCAACCAUUGAGAGGCUGUGGCGAAGUCCCAAUGCUCUCAGAUAAAUAGUUCACCCCCGAAUCUAAGUUCAAAUCACGUUUUUAUACCUCUAAAGUGGUCCAAAGUCGUAAGUCAGGGUUCCCCAACUGGCGGCCUGUGAUUUUAUUUGGCCCCCCAAGUUUUCUGAGCAAAGGGUUAGGGUUA